AUGAACCACGCGGCCUCUGACGAGCCCCACCCCACCCUGCGCGUGCUGACCAGCGACGGCCGGGACAUCGUCUUCGCACCGUACGGGGAGUACUGGCGCCAGCUCCGCAAGAUCGCCGUCACGGAGCUCCUCUCGGUGCGCCGCGUCCUCUCCUUCCGCGCCAUCCGCGAGGAGGAGGUCGCCGCCAUGCUGCACGCCGUCGCGGCGGCCGCCGCCGGCGGGCGCCCCGUGGAGAUGCGCGCGCGGCUGACCGCGCUCAUGGCCGACAUCACGGUCCGCGCAGUGGUGGGCGACAGGUGCAAGGACCGCGACGUGCUACUCCGGGAGGUGGACCACGUGGUCGAGCUCGCGGCGGGGCUCAACCCGACCGACCUGUGGCCGUCGUCGUGGCUCGUCGGCCGGCUGUUCGGCGGCGCCGUGCGGCGCACCCAGGAGGUCCAAGACACCAUGUUCGGUGUCAUCGACGGCAUCAUCCAGGAGCACCUGCUGGAGAGGAAGGGCGACGGAGAAGCUCAGGACCUGCUCGACGUGCUGCUGAAAAUACAUAAAGAUGACGGUGGGCUGGACAUGGUCGCCGUUAAAGCCGUCAUCUUCGACAUCUUCAACGCCGGAAUGGAGACAUCUUCGACGGCGCUGGAGUGGGCUGUGGCGGAGCUGAUCAGGAACCCAAGGGUCAUGAAGAAGGCCACGGCGGAGGUGCGGCGAGCCUUCGAGGCCGGAGGCAGAGUGGUCGAGCAGGCGAUCGGGGAGCAGCUGCCGUACCUGGGCCUCGUCAUCCGCGAGACGCUACGGCUGCACCCGCCGUUGCCGCUCCUCCUCCCGCGCGAGUGCCGCGAGGCGUGCCAGGUGCUCGGCUACGACGUGCCCCGUGGCACGCAGGUGCUGGUCAACGCCUGGACGCUGGGGCGCGACGAGCGGUACUGGCCCGACGCGCCGGAGGAGUUCAGGCCGGAGCGGUUCGAGGGCGCGGCGGCGGCUGCGGCGAGGGACUUCAGGGGCGCCGACUUGGAGCUCCUGCCGUUCGGCGCCGGCCGGAGGAUGUGCCCUGGAAUCGCGUUCGGCCUCGCGAACGUGGAGCUCCCGCUUGCCAGCCUGCUGCUCCACUUCCGGUGGGACGUGGUAUCCGGGUCGGCUGAGGAGUUGGACAUGACCGAGGCGUUCGGCAUCACGGCUCGCCGGAAGGCCAACCUCCUCCUGCGCCCCGUCCUGUGCGUGCCUCUUCCUUGA